AUGCUGUGCUUCGAGGGCAUCGCCCAGAACCUCAACAUCUUCCUUGGCAGGCAAGCCGUUCCCAACUACAGAUUAGUAUCUCCCGCCGGCGGCGAGCUGCAGGUCAUGAACGUGGACAAGGAGACGGCAAGGAUAAGACCGCUCGUUUCGUGCGCCAUUCUGCGCAACAUCACCUUCACCAAGGACCGCUACGAGUCUUUCAUCGCCCUCCAGGACAAGCUCCACCAGAACCUUGCGAGACAGAGGACGCUUGUCUCUAUCGGAACCCACGAUUUGGACACCAUCCAGGGCCCCUUCAGCUACGAGGCACACGCUCCGGAGGACAUCAAGUUCGUGCCGUUGAACCAGGAGAAGGAGAUGAACGCGAAGGAACUGAUGGAGUUCUACGAUAAGGACAAGCACCUUGGACGCUACCUGCACAUCAUUCGGGACUCGCCCGUCUACCCUGUCAUCUACGACGCCAACCGCACCGUUCUUUCUCUGCCUCCCAUCAUCAACGGCAACCACUCGAAGAUCACCGUGGACACCAAGAACGUCCUCAUCGAGAUUACUGCUCUCGACAAGACCAAGGUCGAGAUCGUGAACCACAUCGUCUGUGCCAUGUUCAGCAUCUACUGCGAUGAGCCUUACACCGUCGAGCCGGUCAAGGUCGUCUCUCCUCACAACGGCGAGACCCGCGAGUCGCCAGAUCUCACUCCUCGCCAGAUGCAGGCCGAGAUCGACUACCUCAACCAGGUCUGCGGUCUGAACCUGACCCCCGAGGAGCAGUGCAAGCUGCUUCAGCGCAUGUCGCUCCAGGCUACUCCAUCGAAGAGCUCGCCCAAGCACCUCGACGUCGCGGUUCCUGUCACUCGCGCCGAUGUUCUGCACCAGUGCGAUAUUAUGGAGGAUCUUGCCAUCGGUUAUGGCUUCAACAAGCUGCCUCGUGAAUACCCUAACAAGAGCGCGGCUGUUGCAGCACCACUGAAGAUCAACAAGCUUGCUGAUAUCGUGCGUUCGGAAGCCGCCAUGGCCGGAUGGUCGGAGGUCAUGCCGCUCAUCCUCUGCUCUCACGACGAGAACUUUGCGUGGUUGAACCGCAAGGAUGAUGGCAACACCUGCGUCCGUCUGCAGAACCCCAAGACCCUGGAGUACCAGAUUGUCCGCACUUCGCUGUUGCCCGGUCUUCUCAAGACGAUUCGUGAGAACAAGCACCACAGCGUGCCCAUCAAGAUUUUCGAGGUCAGCGAUGUCGCCUUCAAGGACCUGUCGCUGGAGCGCAAGAGCCGCAACGAGCGCCACUUCGCCGCUGCCUGGUACGGCAAGACCUCCGGUUUCGAAGUCGUCCACGGUCUGCUUGACCGUGUCAUGCUGAUGCUCCGGAGCGCCUUCAUCACGCACGAGGACGCGCUCAAGAACGACAAGCUCGGGGGCUACUGGAUUGAGGAGGUCGAUGACCCGACCUUCUUCAAGGGCCACGCGGCAGCUAUCAAGCUCCGUCUCAACGGCACCAUCCACAACAUUGGUGUCUUCGGUGUCCUGCACCCGACUGUGCUUAAGAACUAUGAGCUUCCCUUCCCGACCACCGCGCUGGAGCUCAACCUCGAGAUCUUCUUGUAG